AUGUCGCAACAGCCACAACAAAAACAACCAAAACAAGAGGGUGAAAAGAAACCAACGGCCAGAAUACCAACUCCUCUCAAGUACGCAUUCGGUGGACUCUCAGCAAUGGGUGCCGUAUGCGUGGUACAUCCCAUGGAUUUGAUGAAGACACGCAUGCAGGUAGCUGGCUCCAAUGGCGCUAAAUCUCCCAGUCUCACACAAAUGAUCGGGGUAACCAUAAAACACGAUGGCAUUUUUGGUUUGUACAAAGGUCUUGGUGCAUCGCUAUUACGACAAGCGCUCUACUCGACUACACGAAUUGGUGUUUUUACAAGCAUCUCUGAAUAUUACCGCAAUGCAUACCAGUCAGAGCCCACAUUGGGUACGAACAUAUUAAUAGCUCUUUUUGCCGGAGCAACUGGAGCCCUCGUGGGCACACCCGCCGAUUUGGGCUUAGUACGCAUGAUGACCGAUGCUCGUUUGCCGUCAGCCGAACGACGUAAUUACACGAGCAUUUUCAAUGCCUUGACGCGUAUUGUCAAAGAAGAGGGUAUACUGGCGCUUUGGCGUGGGGCGGUGCCGACGGUGGGUCGUGCUGUGGUAGUGAAUAUGGCUCAAUUGGCAUCCUACUCACAGUUCAGACGAUUGGCGCAGUUAAAUUUAGGAAUAAAGGAGGGUUUUGGUGUGCAUUUGGUAGCAAGUACCGGUUCCGGUAUACUGACAGCGACUGUCUCAUUACCGGUUGAUAUAGCCAAGACUCGCAUACAGAAUAUGAAAGCGAUUGCUGGGAAGUCGGAGUAUAGGGGAAUAUUAGAUGUCAUGUUGAAGAUAAGCAGGAAUGAAGGCAUUCUGGCGUUGUGGCGUGGUUAUGUACCAUAUAUUUUACGUGUGGUUCCAACGACUAUUUUGAUUUUCGUCAUUUUGGAGCAACUCAAUACGGCAUAUUUUAAAUACGUUUUGGGUGAGAAGUAUGAAUCGAAAAUAUGAAUAAGUUUACAUAUAACUGCUGUGCUGUGAAGUAAGCAAGAUAAGAAUUUGUGGCUGUGUUAAGCGAGUGUUGGUAAAUAAAAAAUAAUGCAAAACAACAAAAACAAAAAAUA